AUGACAGGUGUGACAGCCCCAGGCUCUCUCCCCAUCACAGUGUGUGACAGCCCCGAUCUCUCUCCCCAUCACAGAGAGAUUUCCGACUUAACCAUGCAGAUUGCGGAAAUGAGCAAGAAUCUUCAGGAAGUGGAGAAGACCAGGAAGCAAGUGCAGCAAGAAAAGUCAGACCUCCAGGCUGCCCUGGAAGAGGUGGAGGGUUCCUUGAAGCAUGAAGAGGGCAAGAUUUUGCGUGUCCAGCUAGAGUUGAACCAGCUGAAAUCUGAGCUUGACCGCAAGAUCACUGAGAAGGAAGAAGAAAUCGAGCAGCUGAAAAGAAACAGCCAGCGGGCAGCAAAGGCCAUGCAAAGCGUGCUGGAUGCUGAGAUCCAGAGCCGGAAUGUUGCUCUGAGGCUGAAGAAGAAGAUGGAGAGAGACCUCAGUGAGAUGGAGAUUCAGCUGGGCCACUCCAACCGCCAGGUGGCAGAGACCCAGAAACACCUGUGCUCAGUCCAGAGCCAGCUCAAGGGCUCCCAGCUGCAUCUGGAUGACGCCCUGAGGAGCAGUGAGGACCUCAAGGAGCAGCUGGCCCUCGUGGAGCGCAGGAAUGGCCUCUCGCUGGAGGAGCCGGAGGAGAGGAAGGUGGCCCUGGCGCGGACGGAGCGCACCCGCAAGCUGGCGGAGCACGAGCUGCUGGAGGCCAGCGACCACGUGCAGCUCCUUCACCCCCCCAACACGUGCCUGAUAAAUACCAAGAAAAAACUGGAAGCUGACAUAGCCCAAUGCCAGGCAGAGGUGGAGAAGUCUAUCCAGGAGUCCAAAAAUGCAGAGGAGAAGGCCAAGAAGGCCGGCACGGAUGCGGCCAUGAUGGCCGAGGAGCUGACAGAGAAGGAGCAGGACACCAGCGCCCACCUGGAGCGGACGAAGAAGAACCUGGAGCAGACGGUGAAGGACCUGCAGCACCGCCUGGACGAGGCUGAGCAGCUGGCCCUGAAGGGCAGCAAGAAGUACAUCCAGAAGCUGGAGGGUAGGGUACGUGAGCUUGAAGGAGAGGUUGAAAGUGAGCAGAAACGUAAUGCUGAGGCUGUUAAAGGUUUGCAGAAACACGAGAGAAGAGUAAAGGAACUCACCUACCAGACUGAGGAAGACCGCAAGAAUGUUCUCAGGCUGCAAGACCUGGUAGAUAAAUUACAGGCAAAGGUGAAAUCAUACAAGAGACAAGCUGAGGAGGCUGAGGAGCAAUCCAACGCUAAUCUUGCCAAAUUCCGCAAGCUCCAGCACGAGCUGGAGGAGGCCGAGGAACGGGCUGACAUUGCCGAGUCCCAGGUCAACAAGCUGCGGGUGAAGAGCCGGGAGAUUCACACACAAGUCAGUGCAGAGUGAACACAUCUGCCUGAUGCUGCCAAGGGGCUGAAGAAAUGCACAAAAUGUGCUAUUUUGGGUCACUUGCUUUGUGAUGUUUUUCUCUUCAUGUUGAAUAAAUAAAAACUACAGUGAACUGAUAAA